GUGCGGGUCAAGCACAGAGCACAGUUUCAGUUUUGGCAGCAGUAACCAGUGCCUUGCUGGAAGCUUCUAGAAAGGCAGGGGUCCAUACUGGCUGACAGGCUGCGCCCCGAAACUGGAUCAACGGGAGAGAAGGAAGUGGCUGAAAGUGAGGAUUCCUGAAUCCGCAAUUUUCAAAACUGAAAUGCUCUCAACCUAGACAUUUCAAGAGCCAACACCACACAAGCAGAAGUUUACACCAGACCUCAGCAUCUCACAUAAGAAGCCAACCUGAAUGGCACAACCCCCUUGGAAGCCACCAGCAAUGAGGCUCUUCUUAGUCACCGUCCUCCUGGCUAUCUUCUCAGCGGCCUCCACAAAAAGCCCCAUAUUUGGUCCCCAGGAGGUGAGCAGUGUGGUAGGUAACUCAGUGUCCAUCAUGUGCUACUACCCAGCCACCUCCGUCAACCGACACUCCCGGAAGUACUGGUGCCGGAAGGGAGCCAACAGCCUGUGCACAACCCUCAUCUCUUCAAACGGCUACGUCUCCAAGGAGUAUGCAGGCAGAGCCAACAUCAUCAACUUCCCAGAGAAUAACACGUUUGUGGUUAACAUUGCAAACCUCUCCCAGGAUGACUCUGGGAGCUACAAGUGUGGUCUGGGCACCAGUAACCGACCUCUGUUCUUUGACGUCAGCCUGGAGGUCAGCCAGGCUCCUGAGUUCCCAGAGGACACUCAUGUCUACACUGAGGACAUGGGCAGAAGUGUGACCUUCGACUGCCCUUUCCAAAAGGAGAACUCUCAUAGCAAGAAAUCCUUGUGUAAGAAGAUAGGUCAGACCUGCGAACUUGUCAUUGACUCUACUGGAAAAGUGGACCCCAACUAUGAGGGCAGAGUAGAACUUUCCAUGAAAGGGACCAGCGGAGUACUAUUCGGUGUCAGCAUUGAUCACCUAAGACUCAGUGAUGCUGGGCUGUAUGUUUGCCAGGCUGGGGAAGGGUCUAGUGCCAAUAAAAAGAAUGUUCACCUCCAGGUGCUAGAGCCUGAGCCAGAGCUGGUUUAUGCAGAUCUGAGAUCCUCAGUGACUCUUGACUGCACUUUGGGUCGUGAGGUAGCAAAUGAAGCCAAAUAUCUGUGCCGGAUGAACAAGGAAACUUGUGAUGUGGUCAUCAACACCCUGGGGAAGAGGGAUCCAGCCUUUGACGGCAGGAUCCUGCUAACCCAAAAGGACAAUAAUGGCCAUUUCAGUGUGUUGAUCACAGGCGUGAGGAAGGAAGACGCAGGGCACUACCUGUGUGGAGCCCACAGUUCUGGUCUGCCUCAAGAAGGCUGGCCCAUUCAGGCGUGGCAACUCUUUGUCAAUGAAGAGUCUACAAUUCCCCCUAGUCGCUCUGUGGUGAAGGGUGUCACAGGAGGCUCUGUGGCCAUGGUCUGUCCCUACAACCCCAAGGAAAGCAACAGCCUCAAGUACUGGUGUCGCUGGGAAGGGGAUGGAAAUGGCCACUGCCCGAUUCUUGUGGAGAGCCAGGGGGUGGUGCAAGAAGACUAUGAGGGCCGACUGGCCCUGUAUGACCAGCCAGGCAAUGGCUCCUACACUGUCAUCCUCAACCAGCUCACCACCCGGGAUGCCGGCUCCUACUGGUGUCUCACCAAUGGCGACUCUCGCUGGAGAACCACCAUAGAACUCCAGGUUGCUGAAGCUCCAGGGAAGCCCAACCUCGAGGUGACACCCCAGAACGCGACGGCUGUGCUGGGAGAGACCUUCACGCUCUCCUGCCACUACCCCUGCAAGCUCUACUCCCAUGAGAAAUACUGGUGCAAGUGGAGCAACAAGGGUUGCCACGUCCUGCCUAGCCGUGACGAAGGGGCCCGCCAGCCCUCUGUGAGCUGUGACCCCAGCAACCAGCUCAUCUCCAUGACCCUGAACCCCGUCAAGAAGGAAGACGAAGGCUGGUACUGGUGUGGGGUGGGGUGGUGA